UUGUGGACGGCGCUGUGACGCUGUCAUGGUCACAAGCAGGCGAAGGGAGUGUGCAAAAGUUGAAGUAGUUCUGCCAGCAAAACUUUAAAGUUCAAAGUACGCUGUGCCGACUAAACAAAUUGCAGUUCGUGUGGAAUAAUGGCCCGAUAUUCUCGCGUUUCGGAUACUGUUGGCUUGAUUACGCUCCAAAACCCUCCUGUAAAUGCAUUAAGUGCAGCUGUACGUCAGGGCAUUGUGGACACUGUUAAGACAGCCCUCGACGAUGUUGAGGUGAACUCUGUUGUCAUAUGUGGACAGAAUGGAGUGUUUUGUGGGGGAGCAGACAUCAGAGAAUUUGGUACUCCCAUGACCGGACCUCCACUGGUGCCAAUGAUCCACGCUAUAGAAGCUGCCAACAAGCCGGUGGUGGCGGCCAUAGAGGGAAUUGCUCUGGGUGGAGGCCUGGAGUUGGCGCUUGGCUGUCACUAUCGAAUAGCACACUCUAAAGCCAAAGUGGGGCUUCCCGAGGUGACUCUGGGUCUGCUACCUGCUGCGGGUGGAUCCCAACGUUUGCCCAGGUUGACUGGACUACCGGCAGCUUUAGAUCUCAUCACCACUGGCCGUCACGUCACCGCCGUUGAAGCAUUGAAACUCUCUAUAGUGGAUCAUCUUACUGAUCACAACACUGUGGACGCAGCUGUCAAGUUUGCCAAGAGCGUUGCAGAACAGUCUCUGGAUGCCCGGCGCAUCAGCACCCGGCCAUGCCCUUGCCCCCCCGAUUUGGAUGCCCUAUUUGAGGCAGCGAUGCAGAAGGUGCGCCAGAGCGCCCGUGGAGCCAUAGCGCCAGUGGCUUGCGUCCAGGCGCUGCAGGCAGCCGCCACUCUGCCCUACGCCCGAGGCAUGGAGCGAGAAAAGGAGCUGAUGGCCACGUUGUUCACCUCUGGCCAGGCUCGAGCACUGCAGUACAGUUUCUUUGCACAGAGAGCUGUAGCCAGGUGGAGCAUCCCCAGUGGAGCACGCUGGGAUGGCAGCAAGCCCAGGCCCGUUCUCAAAACAGCGGUCAUCGGUCUUGGUACAAUGGGGAGAGGAAUAACAGUCUCCCUUGCUCAGGCGGGUUUGUCUGUGGUUGCCGUGGAAGCUCAGGAGAAGCCACUGAGGGAAGCAAAGCAGGCCAUAUCAGGUAUGCUACAGCGGGGGGCACAAAGACGAGGGGUAGCCUCAGCGCUUGACCGAAUCACCUACAGCCAAAAGCUCCAGGCACUGGCGGAUGUCGACUUGGUCAUCGAGGCUGUGUUUGAAGAUUUGGAGCUGAAAAAGCAGCUCUUCCAGCAGCUGUCUGCUGUUUGUAAACCUGGAGCGUUCUUAUGCACCAACACGUCCACGUUAGACAUCGACGUCCUGGCAUCACAGAGCCGCCAUCCAGAGCUGGUGGUCGGGAUGCAUUUCUUUGCCCCGGCGCACGUUAUGAAGCUGUUGGAGGUGGUGUACGGGUCGCGCUCCUCUCUCGAAACUGUGGCCACGGCUAUGAAUCUGGGAAAGAAACUGGGUAAAGUUAGCGUGGCUGUCGGGAACUGCCGCGGGUUUGUGGGGAACCGCAUGCUGAAGCCAUAUAUGGAACAAGGCUUGUUCUUGCUGGAAGAAGGAGCCACGCCUCAGUUGGUGGAUAGCGUGUUGGAGGAGUUUGGCUUCGCCAUGGGGCUCUUUAGAAUGUCUGACCUCUCAGGGAUAGAUGUGGGUUGGAGGGUCAGGAAGGCGGAAGGCCUGGUACAGCCCGGCACGUCAACCAGAGUCCGGAAUGGUCGCAGGUACAGUCCCCUUGGAGAUCUUCUCUACGAACAAGGGCGGUUUGGACAGAAAACAGGCUGUGGAUGGUAUCGUUAUGACAACAGUCGUGAAGCCAGGCCAGACUCGUGGUUGUACAGCUUUCUGGAGGAGUAUCGAGCCAGACAUCACCUGGCGGUACGCCGCAUAGAUGGCCAGGAGGUGCUGGAGCGCUGCCUGUAUACCCUCAUCAACGAGGGCUUCCGAAUCCUGGAAGAAGGAAUAGCGGCCGGACCCGAAGAUGUCGACGUCAUCUAUGUCUUCGGCUACGGUUGGCCCAAGCAUCGUGGCGGGCCCAUGUUCUAUGCGAGUAUGGUAGGGCUGACCAAGAUUUUGGAGAGGCUGGAGCACUAUCAGCAGGCUCACCCCGAUGUGCCUUACCUGCAGCCUUGCGUUCUGCUUCGUCGGCUGGUGGACAGUGGCAGCCCACCUGUCCAUAAGUGGAGGGAAAUCAUACAAAAAACUUGCAGCCACUUGUAAAUUAGCUAGAUUUCUCGACACUUUGGAACCUCAUGACUGAUUUCUUACAUGCCAAUCAUAUUUUAAAGUACAACCAAAUAAGCUAUCUCUCUGAGCAUCGGAUCUUUCAUUUGUUUUUAAUUAUUUUAUGUUGAAUUGCUUUUCAUUCAUAAUGUGACUUUCUUCCUCAACGUCAGAUUUACAUUCACAGUCAAAGUUAAUUACAGUCAACCUAUUGGCACCACCUGCUAUUUGAAGCUUAUUCAUUUAGCCUGAAAGCCACUAUUUAACUACAUAUUUUGUUUAAUUAAAAGUCUGCCACUAAAGUAGCUUAUAAUGGUCGAAUGGGAACAUUUCAAUAAAAAUCUAAAUGUUCUACUGAAGAAACAAAACACACACAAACCUGACUUUGAAUUCAAAAUGACGUGCCCCAUAAGACUACUUGUUUUACAUGCCAUUUAUAACUUUACACUCAUUUUUCUUGCAGAUUUAAAGCCCUCUUUUGCCUAAUUGGAGGAUUUAGGGUUUUUGCAUUUUUUACAUCAUUGUAAAGAGUGUUUCUUUGACUUUUAUCUAAUUGGAGUUGGAGGCAGGGAUCUAAAUCCGACGAUUACGCUGCAAAGAUUACAAUGUGACUUGUGCAGUUGGCGCUCCAUAAGCCCCAUCUGACUGGUGCAGGGGCGGAUGUCGAUUGUGCGAUGGAAGAAAUGAAAGAGAGCAGCACAAAGAGGCGGACAUCCUGUCAAGUUCAGCCGCAGCUCACGUUGAGUAUGAGUUGAUUAAAAAUGUAAAACUCACGUGUGCCAAAGUAAAAACAAACAAAAAACAUGUAGAGCAACUGUGACCUGUAAUAACCCCUCAGGAGACAAUCUGCAGUUUAAUCUGGAACGGCACGAACCGCUCAACAUCUGUAGCCUGUUACCAGAUUUCAUGAACUGAUAUAGCAACUACAUUCUUCAUAAUAAAUUACUGUGUUGACUAUAUCUGAUGCUAUAAUACCAUCUGUGUGUUUUAUUUUGUACAUCUUCAUGACCUAAUAAAAAGCAAUUCAAAAGCAUUAAAUAUUUUUAA